AUGAAACGUAAUCAAUUGAGUAUAAUAUUACCGGUGAACCGUUCUGUCUCUCCUCAGCCAUCAACUGUCGAUCUUUCUGGCGGUAGUAUAAGUCCGUCAGUAACCCCACAUUAUAAUCUUACUCCACAUACCAUCGCUAAGUCGACAUCAGUCGCUCUUCUUCAUCCACCACCAUCAGAUGAUGGAGUUGCAGUAGAGUGGGAGGAUGAAGAAUGGAAUGAGGGCGGACUGCUAAAUCGAUUUGGCUCCUAUAGACGAUCUUUACCACAGCGACAUUAUAGUCCAUUUCGACGAAAAUCAAGUAAUCUUUGCGCGAUUGUCAUUCAAUCAUCACCAUUAAACGAAACCAUGGCUUCUUAUUUGAAUAGUAAUAGAGACAGCGUUGUUAGAGCUGCACAACAAUCACAAAAUCAUCAACGUGAUUCAGCGACUCACAGCGGUGAAACAUUAAUCCAUCUAGCUGCUCGUUUGGGACACGAACACAUUGUUCGUAUUCUGAUGAACGAAACAUCUUACGCCUGCUCUCUAACAAACUCAAAAGGUCAAACACCUCUAUUAUGUGCCAUUGAAGCAGGAUACUCAUCUACAGCCACUUUACUCAUGGAAAAUGAUUCAAAUUCAUUAACAAUCAAAGAUAACUUGGGCUCCUCUGUAUUUCAUUAUGUCUGUGAACAAUGUAAUGAUAUCGUGUUGAGUAGAGCAAUUGCUUUGUUGAAAAGAUUACAUAUCAGUAACAACAGAUUAAUGGCUUUAGAACGAUUAGUUGAGAAAAAUUUUAGUGGCAAAACAUCGUUCGUAAUAGCUAUUGAAAAAGGUAGUCUUAAAUGUGUACGCUAUAUUCUGACAUCGAAAUGGUUACAACAAAAUGUCGCCAUAUCAGAAUUUAUGAACGAUCAAUCACUCAAAACGGCUAUUGACUAUGAUCAACUAGAUAUUGUCGCCUGUUUUGUGUCGGAUAUGCAGUGCUUUUCAUCUAUACUCAACAUUCUAAUUACACCAUUUGAUAAUCCAGAUCAACACAUGAAUGUUCUUGAAUAUUCGAUUUAUUUGAGAAAACCCAAUUUCGUUCGAUUAUUUAUUUCUGUUCGUAUUUCUCCAGAACAUCAUAUACUCCAAAGUUUGUAUAAAAACUUUCUUCGACAUUACGAUAAUGCUAAUCAGACACCGUUACAGCGAAUGCUAACAAUUAAAGAACUUGUUCCAUUUGUGCCACUACUAUUAGAACAGUUUGUCAGUGACGAAGGUGCCGAUUUGUCAAUCGUUGAUGAUUGCCUUCAUGCACGUCCGAGUGCUCAACGCUGUAUAUUUGGUCGUUCGUCCGAUGAUCCACCAGAACUUUGGUCAUCUACGAACUGGUUAAAACACCAUCCGUUGACACUGAUCGCUGAAGCCGAUCAUAAACCUGUAUACGAUCACUAUUUGGUAAAGAUGUGUGUCGAUCUCAAAUUCCAGUUAUUUGGUAAUUUUCUCUACUUUAUCAUUUCCUGCUCACAAGUGAUCUAUGUCACACUAUACACUGGUAUCACGCUCGGGUCUCCAACUCCGGCGUUGCAAGGUAUGAAUUACUAUUCACUAGUCAAUUAUACGUGCGAGCAAACGUGUUGGAUGUUGACAAAUGAUAUGGAAACACCAUUGCAACCAUCUACACCAUUGAGAGCAUUACGAUUUAUGCUCUUAAUACUGUCAUGUUUAACUUUACUCAAAGAAUUUAUUCAAUUAUUUACACAAAAAGAAAAAUAUUUUAGAAAAUUUUUCAUUAAUAUGUUGGAAGUUCAUAUGUAUGUUAGUGCCAUAAUCUAUACCAUUGAUUUGAACGAGUGCACAAGACGAACGGGACUUCGAUGCCGUGAACAGUGGGAAACGGGUGCGGUUGGUUUACUAUCGGUUUGGACGUCUCUGUUACUUGUUCUAAUGAAUGGUAUCAAAUUUGGCAAACAUGGUCUUCUAUUUAUAACCGUGUUACUUACAUUUUUGAAAUUCAUUGCAUUUUACAUCUUUAUAUGGAUAGGCUACAUCUUAUCAUGUUAUAUGUUACUGAAAGAUAUUAUGCCACAAUUUCAUUUUUUUAAUUUUGUGCCUAAGCUACUAUCAAUGUUCAUCGGCGAGUACAAUGUUGAUGCGACAUUCUUUAAUAAUAAUGUGUUUAUGCGAGGUAGUGAGGGAGCGCUAAUUGUUUACAGUGCAUUUAUGUUUACAAUGUUUAUUGUUAUGGCAAAUAUCAUGGGCGGUUUAGCUGUUGCCGAUGUUAAGCAAUUUCGUCAAAACGCUAAACGUGAACAUCUGCGUGCUCGAAUUGAGACAAUAUUGAGCUUACAAGCUAAACUGGGAAUUUUAUGUGAAAUAUUUUCUAAGAUUAUUCUAAAACUAUCCAAACAUUCAACACCAAUUACAUUUAGUGGUAAUAACGAAAGUAAAGGUCAGUCGUUAUUAGGAUUUAAAUAUCAUUUAUGGAAAUUAGAAUUAUGUACGUAUGAUGUAAAGAUUAAUGAUAAAGAAACUGUUACUUGUGAAGUUGGUUACUACAGACAUCGGUCGAAAAUGGAAAAAAUGUAUAAUGAAACAUUGUUUGAAGAAAAUGAUCAUCAAAAAUGGUUGAAAAAAACUGAUGAACUGAAAGAAUGUUUAGAAGAUUCAACGCUACGCACACAUAAUGAACUUCGAAAACUGACUGUCGAAUUGCAAACGGAUUUUGAAGAUAUAAAAAGACGAUUAUUCGUAAUCUAA